AGUUGGUCCGGCCAUUGUAAUUGCUACGGGCACACAGCGAAACGCCCGGCCUUUGUUACUCAAAGUCGAGAAGCGCCGUCUUCCCCCUUUCCAACCUCAAGUCUACAGUCUACACCGAAUCCAUCCCCCAUCGCCGCCGCCGCCGCCGCCGACGACGACGAUGGCAAGCCUACUCCGGCGAUCUGCCGUACCCGCGCGCCAGCUCCUCCUCCUCCCGCGCCAUUUCGCCGCCGCCGGCUCCGCCCCCGCCUUGUCCCGCUCGUUCUCCCGCUUCAACCCCCGAGACGACAGCUCUAUGUUCGAUCCACCGGAGCCGCCGGUGAACUGGGGCGUGAGCAUAGUUCCGGAGAAGAAGGCUUACGUUGUGGAGAGAUUCGGGAAGUAUCUCAAGACCCUCGGCUCCGGGUUCCACCUCCUGAUCCCCGCCGUCGACCGUAUUGCCUACGUGCACUCGCUCAAGGAAGAGACCAUCCCUAUCCCUCACCAGAACGCCAUCACCAAGGACAACGUCACCAUACAGAUUGACAGCGUCAUCUAUGUCAAGAUCAUGGACCCCUACCUUGCUUCCUAUGGUGUGGAGAAUCCAAUCUAUGCUGUCCUACAACUUGCACAAACAACCAUGAGAAGUGAACUCGGGAAGAUAACCUUAGAUAAGACUUUUGAGGAGAGAGAUGCAUUAAAUGAGAAAAUUGUGAGUGCCAUCAAUGAAGCAGCCACAGAUUGGGGCCUGAAGUGUAUCCGCUAUGAGAUCAGGGACAUAAAUCCUCCAGCAGGGAUUAGGCAGGCUAUGGAGAUGCAGGCUGAGGCAGAAAGGAAAAAACGCGCUCAAAUCCUUGAGUCAGAAGGGAUGAAACAGGCCCAAAUCCUUGAAUCAGAAGGGAAAAAGACUGCCCAGAUCCUUGAAUCUGAAGGAGCUAUGUUGGAUCUAGCAAACCGUGCCAAGGGUGCGGCUGAAGCAAUUCUUGCCAAGUCAGAAGCUACUGCUCGUGGAAUGAGAUUGGUUUCAGAUGCGAUGACAACUGAAGGCAGUGCCAAGGCUGCUAGCCUGAAACUUGCAGAGCAAUACAUCGAAGCAUUCUCAAAUCUGGCACAAAAGACAAAUACAAUGCUUCUUCCAGGUGAUAGUGCCAGCCCAGCAUCUUUCGUGGCCCAGGCAAUGAAGACGUAUGAGCAAAUCCAUUCCCACAGCCAGGCAUUAAAGAGCCACCCCCAGAUAGAAGAGCUGAAGGAAUCAGGAGAGACCAGUCCUGCUCCAUCUUCUGAGGCGAGCAAGACACCACCACUCAUUGAGGAAGCAGAUUCUAACCAGACCUUCUCACUGCAACGCCCCAAGAACAAGCAGUGAGCUUCGCUCAAGUGUUUGAAGUCCUUUUUUCUAUCUGUUGUUCUGAAACAUGAGUGCCACUGAGAAACACCACUAGUAGGUUUUAGUUUUCUUUAGUCUGAGAGAGCUGAUAUGUGGCGGAGAAGGGAUAGACCCCUAGGCAUUUGGUUUCUGGGAGCUAAAUGCGACCGGAGAGACCUAGAGAGAUUUUGAUUCUCGUGAAGGUUAUACUUUGGUUCCUUGUUGGAAUGAAGUUUGUAAAAAGGCAAGGUUGGGUUAACGUUGGUUAGACAAAAUGCAUAAAUGCUUAAGUUAUUUCUUUCUUGCUGAGCUUGACUA